GAGAGAAGAGUUGGAAAUCUUUGCACUCCCCCAGUCCGGGAGAGAGAGAAGGGAGACACACACACAGAGAGACACACUCACAAACACACACUCACACCCAGAGGCACAGGCAGGCGCACACCCUCGCUCGCAAGGAGAGGAGGAGAAACCGCCGCUGCCGCCGCUGCUGCUGGGUUGCUGCAGCGAGGAACAUGAGUGCCCCCCCUUCGGGAGCUCGCCUCGCCUCGGCUCCAUGGUGAGGAGAAGGAAGAGCCCCCCCGGCCCGGCAGACCCGCACCAUGGGAUGACAGUCAAGCUGGGCGACCACAGCAGCGGCGGAGCCCCCGAGGAAAGCCUGAGGAAGCUGGGCAAGCGAGGAGCUGCCGGCGAGGAAGAGGGGUGCCCCGAAGGAGCAGGAGGAGGAUGUGGAGGAGAGGGGGCAAAGAAAGGCCAGGAGCAGGGGACCCCUGGGGGAGAGACGACGAACGGGGGUCCCUCCUCGGGAGUCCCACCGGCGUCGCCCCCGGCUGCCGCCUCCUCCUCCUCCUCGGGCCCACCGGCUGCGCCUGGCCACGACCAGCAUCACUUCCUCAGGUCCAGUGUCCGGCCGCAGAGCAAGAGGCUGAAGAAGGACCCCCAGGCCUCCUGUGGGGCGGGGGUCAGUGGAACGGGCAGCAGCAGCAGCGGCGGUGGGGGCGGCGUUGCCCCCACGGGGAAAGGAAAAGGUGCAGAUAAUGGUGGGACGUCGUCUAGCAACUCCACAGGAAUCCCAUCCGGUGCCCCAGCCAGCAAUUCAAAAUCCGGUUCAAGGAACCUGAGCUCAACCGGAGAAAAGGAGGAAGGCAAGAAAGUGAGGCGUCAGUGGGAAUCCUGGAGCACGGAGGACAAGAAUACCUUCUUUGAGGGCCUAUAUGAGCAUGGCAAAGACUUUGAAGCGAUUCAAAAUAAUAUUGCCCUGAAGUACAAGAAGAAAAGCAAGCCAGCAAGCAUGGUGAAGAACAAGGAGCAGGUCCGGCACUUCUAUUAUCGCACUUGGCACAAGAUUUCCAAAUACAUUGACUUUGAUAACGUGUUUUCUCAAGGGCUGAAAAAGUCCUCCCUUGAGCUUUAUGGCUUAAUUUGUUAUGGGGAGCUCAGAAAGAAGAUUGGGGGCUGUAUGGAUGACAAAAACGCAGCUAAACUCAAUGAGCUUAUCCAAGCUGGAGCCACAACGGUUCGUUACAAAGGCAGGAACCUUCGUAUCAAGGCACCCAUGUGCAGGGCUCUGAAGAAGCUCUGUGAUCCAGACGGUAUAAGCGACGAGGAAGAUCAGAAGCCUGUGCGUCUUCCCUUGAAGGUUCCUGUGGAACUGCAGCCACGGAAUAACCACGCGUGGGCCCGGGUGCAGAGUCUGGCCCAGAACCCACGUCUCAGAAUGAUCGUGGAGCUGCAUCGGAAGGUAUCCAGCCUCAUUGAGUUCCUGAAACAAAAAUGGGCUCUCCACGAAGUGCGUAUCAGGAAAACACUAGCCGAGAGGCAGCUGCAGGAUUGCAGAGAUGCCGAAAGCAGCAGCAGCAGCAGCUGUUCCGAAGACCAAACGAUGCUUCACCUCUUCCCGGGGGAAAACUGUACGCUGACACCCCUGCCUGGGGUUGCCCGCGUGGUACACUCCAAAGCUUUCUGCACAGUGCAUUGGCAGGAAUCGGGCCGGUGCAAGCAGAGCACGAAGGAUGUCCACCUCUUGCCCCCUGCCCAAAUCCUAGGCAUACAGAGCAGUCAGGGGACAGCCAGAGGGCAGGUGAAAUACUCACGGGGGGCAGAGAGUAAAGGCGGAGCCAAGCCCGACACGACCGCGGAAGUGAGCAGAACUCCUCAGCUGAUCCUGGAUCCCGUUGCAAACCCGGAAGAUUGCUCCCCCGAAGCUGGCCUUGCCGAAGCAGCGUUCUCGGACCUCAACAAGCCAGCUGCCGGGCUUCAGGGCCCGAGCGGGAGCCUGGAGAAGUCCAUCCCGGCGGCCGAGAGCAGAGAGGCGGCGCCCGCCGUUGCCUUGCCCGCCGCGGUGGACGCCAGCAGCGCCAAGUGCCAUUGUGGCGAUCUCCUGCCGGAUCUGGAAGAGCUCUCCCUGCUCGAUCCGUUCCCUCGUUACAUGAAGUCCUGCCACGAUCUGAUUGUCCCCGAGAAGUGUCUUUGCGCGGAGAAGCUGGGUAGAAAAGAGCUUGCCUUGCCAGAAUGUUCUCCCGCCGGGGGGGCUUUCCCUGGCGCCACAGAGACCGGCAGUCCCACACCGUUGGCGAGCGGCAGUCUGGAAUUGCCCAGCGGUGGUGCCUCCGCUUCUGAAACUCAGGCUUUCCACUGCUCCGGACCUCAAGCCGAACCGUGUGUGAAGGAGCCCCCUGAUGCGGUCACGGAGGACUCUCAGGUGAAGCUCAACCCCUCACUGCCACCGCCACCAGCUCAGGGACAGUUGGUCACAAAGUCCCUCAAGGACGAGCCCAGCCGCCUCGCGCAGCAAGUGCGAGAGAAGGGAUGGAGCCUGCGGACAUCUGAAAGCCUUACCUUGGCUGAAAUCUACCUCAUGAUGGGCAAGCCGAACAAACUGCAGUUAGAAUACGACUGGCUGACAGUCUUGGGGCAGGGAACCCAGGAUGCCGGGGAGCAGGUCGCUGAACCGAAAUGUGUUCCUCCAUCGGCCACUUUUCAUAAGCAGAAACUCCUCCGUUGCCUCUUGCAGCUCAUCUCGACCGAAGUGAACCCCAAACCGAUUCCUGAAAUGAAUUCCAUUGCGACAUCCCCUAUCAAGCCCAUUCAAGAGGAACAUGCUUUGACCCCUCCCGGGAAGGUGAUUGCCAUUAGUACCAGGAGCCCAGGCUGUGCUCGCAACCAGACUGCGCUUCACAAGAAGACCUUUUCCCCCAGUGCCACUUCCAACUCCUCAGGUUUCCGAAAUCCUUCUAAACCCCUCUUGGUGGCUAGUUCUUCAAGUUCCAGCAACCCUGAUGCAGACGGCGGCCUCUUCGCCAUUCCCACAACCCUCCCGCCAAACAGCAGGCACGGGAAGCUUUUCUUGCAAAACAAAGAAGCAGACCUGAGCUUCCGCCAGCGCUUGGACACCAUUAGCAUGCAAUCAGAUUUUUUCUUGCCAAAGCCAAGAAAACUACGCAGCAGACACCUGCGGAAGCCGCUAGUUGUGCAGAGGACCCUGCUUCCUAGACCAUCCGAAAGCCCUUCCCAGCAUGUGUGCUCCUUUUCCAUCUUAUCUAACUCCUCCGUAACAGGAAGGGGAUCUUUCCGGCCAAUCCAGUCUUCGCUGACUAAAGCUGCCGUGUCACGUCCCAUUGUUCCCAAGAUCCUUCCAGUUCAAGCCACCAGUCGUCUUUCUAGCGCGAUUGAUUUGGCGGCUAAAUCGGCCGGUAUUAUCCCUGGCAGUCCUUUGCCGCUUCUGGGGACCGAAGGCUUGCCAAGUGUUUCCCCGCUCUCACCAGAGGCAGUAUCCACCGUGGUUGGAGGUCAAGAUUCCACAGUGGCACAUCAGAACGGAGGCUCCGUAGCAGCAGUGGCGGGUUCAAGCCAUGAAUGUCGGGUUCCUUUCCUUGGUCUACCAUCCCAGCCUGAGCAAGAAGCCAUUCCUGAUGGCUUCCAGGGAACACCAGUCCUUUCCCUGCCGGAGCUGCCUAAAACGUCGCUGCGGAAUGGCCUUGCUCCCUCUCCGCUUCCCUCUUCUGAGACAUCCAGUACCCACCUGUCUCCUCCCAACGUCUCCGCUCUCCUGGACAUAUCUCUUCCUGGACCCCCCGAGGAUGUUUUGUCUCAGGGAGAACCGGCUACACAAAUCAGUGACUCCAUCAUCGAAAUAGCCAUUAGCUCAGGCCAAUACGGUGAGAAUGUUUCCCUGUCCCCAGCCAAGCUGAACGGCAGCGAUAAUUCCAAAAGUCUUCCGUCCCCAUCCUGCAGCCCCCAGCAAAGCUGGAUCGCCUCGCCCAGCCAUGAUCCACAGUGGUAUCCCAAUGACUCCACCGACUCUUCCCUCAGCAGCUUAUUUUCCAGUUUCCUUUCUCCGGAAAAGGGCCGGAAAAUGCUGCCCACCUCAGUGGGCAAUCCAAGCAGCAGCUCCUUGCUGGGACCCAGCCUGCUGGAUGGGAAUUCACGGGAUUCUUUUGUCUCUCGGUCCAUGGCAGAUGUCGCUGAGGUGGUAGAUUCCCAGCUGGCCUGCAUGAUGAACGAGAACAGCAUAGAUUACAUAUCUCGUUUCAACGACCUCGCCCAGGAGCUCGCGAUCCCCGAGCCCCCCCGCCGAGAGAUUCUCUUUGACGGAGGGAGUGGCGGCCCCCCCAUGGGCGACCUCUCUCAGUGAACACAUCCCGCCAGCUGGCUGGUGGGCGCUGUUGAAUUGGCCAUAACGUGGAGGAAUGACGUCAUAGCUAUGCAGCCGAUUGGUUUUUUUUAUUAUUAUUAUGGUUUUUGUUGUUGUCCUGGCGGGAGCAUACCUGACAUGAAGAGAGAAGCUUUUUUUGUCUUCGACCUUCUACGGUUCCUGGAAAGUGCAAUAGGCUGGGAACAAGGCACUGUGGAGCAGUAUUAUAGAAAGUGAGGUGUGUGUAAGCUGGUGACAAAGCCGCAAAGUUUACAAGACGAGUUCCGGGUUUAAGGUCUGAGCAAGAAAUCUUGAAAACUACACUCUUAGAUAGAAAACCAAAACUGUUGUCGGGGUAUCCACAAAUAAGCUGAAAGUUGGGGGUAAAUAGUGGUAUGUUUUUAUUAAGUUUUCUGUUUUUUUGUUUUUGUUUUAGAACUUCCUCUCCUGAUCUGUCACGGUUGUCUUGUUGGCAAGUCAGUUGAGCUGGUAUUCCUCUCACUUUCCUGUCGCAACAGAGCAGCUGAAUUUUAAACAAGGCUUUUUAACAGAAUUCUUUCAUUGUUUCUUUAUAUUCAUUAACAUUCCAGCAGGACACGAGGGAGGGAGGGAAAAAAACACCUGUUGCUGUUCCAUGUUUAAAAACUAGGAUAGGGUCAGAGGAAAUCUUGGAAGGACACAGGACCUAUCCUGCUUCUUUUUAACCUUCUUCCCCACGCUUAAAAUUAAAAAGACAGCUAUCGCCCGAGGAUUUCCAUUUUUCCUAGCAUGCCAGCUGGGGAAUUGUGGGAAUCCUUAAAUUUGUUGGAAGUUGAGAAACACUCUUCUGGAGGGGGGGGGGUCUUCUAGAUAUGUUCAAAGUCAAAUCCCUUUGAGAUGAGUACAAUCAUUGGUGACGGUCAUGGAAAUGUCCUCUUGGGAGGACAGUGGUUUUCCUUGUCUUGGGGAUGAAUUUCCGACUUCCCAGUCUAAUCUGCAGCUCGGGGGUUCUUGGUAGGUAUUAAAUGAGAGGCCUCGUGGCAAAACCAGGGCCAUAGACUAGACUGGGAUGUCAGCACACUCCCUAAAGAAGAUCACGAUAAUGCACUUCCAUUUUGUUGCCGCCUCAAAAAUCAUGUUUAUAUCUCUUUAGAUAUCAGGAGUCAAGCUUGACUUGAAGACACUUUCUCUUUUCUUCUUAAGAGCCCCUUUGAUUAUUGUGCGUUAGCAUUUUGGGGGACAAAUCUCUUGGCCACAUUUCUGGUUGCAGUUGAGGAAUGUUUUUGAUCAUGUUCUGCCAAUGAAAGAAACGGGUACAAUUCUUUUACUUCCUGUAGGUUCCUAACGCAGUUAUCAGUUUUACACCAGGGUCUCUCCAUCUACAGUCCUGAGGUCUGUAGAUGUUGGCCUCUUAGCCGUCAGAGCUUGGAUAGCAGGUAGCCUUCACUUGACUUUAAUUUUGCAGCCAUCAGGAGCCAUCUAGUCCAGUGUUUCUCAACCUUGGCAACUUUACGAUGUGUGGACUUCAACUCCCAAAAUUCUCCAGCUAGCUAGCAAUGCUAGCUGGAGAAUUCUGGGAGUUGAAGUCCACACAUUGUAAAGUUGCCAAGGUUGAGAAACACUGGUUUCUAGUCCCUCUUUUUUACCGAUUGUUCCAGAUUAUACAGUUCCCUUACUUGUUCCUCUCCCACAAGCCGAGCAUUUCUAACCAUCAUUCCCUUAUGAAAUGCUGUUUACCUACAAGCAGCCCCUCUUUGCAAGCCUGUCCUGUAGAUGUCUCAUUUUUCUUCAGAUGUUUGACAGGCAACGUGACUUCAGACCUGGUCCACAAGGUCUACCUUGCUUUUGCCCAAACUGACGUCAAAAGGGAGCGAAAACAGUGCUGAUCAGGAGAGGCAUCUCUGUUCCUGGGAUUUAUCCCUAAUCCUCUUCUGGCAUCGCUCCACGUUUCUUCGCUCUGCCUUGCCGCAGAACUGGAGGGCCUCUCCUAGCUGCAGUGUAUUUGUGACGUGAGUCCACCUGCCCUUCUUUAAAUUAAGAUGCUCUCCAGAUUCUGCAGAAGCUGAAUGGAAAACUGCUGAGAUCAUGCGUACCUCUGGGGCUAAUUAUUAUAACCUAAUCAUCUGAUAUCACUGCUCCUUCCAAAGUUGCAGUCCUUUCGAGUAUUUCGCCGUAACUGAUAACUAAAUGGACUCUUUUAUUUCGGGCCAAAACACCCUAUGCAGUUCUGAUAGCAAGGGGUAACAAAAUAGUGGUCCACAGAGUUCUGACAGUCACAGAGAUUCUCUCCUUUUAGCAUACUGGAUCGGCAUGUAUCCAGAUAGCAUCUGUGAUUUAGGAGGCAUUUUAGCAACUUAGCUUAGAUCCCACACUGCCAGAAUUCACUUAUUGCACUCGUGCAGUUUUUGCCAGGCUCUUGUCUGAUAAACAACAUUCCCCCCCUUCCCCAGUAUCCUUCAGCUCUUUUCAGUUCUGUGUCCCGAAGACAACGUUUUAUUCAGCGUGUUUUGUUCAAAUAAAGCAACCUAGGCCGACUCUUUCCGUGAUCAUCAUGCAGCUUGCACUGUGAUUUAAAGCUUUUAUGUGGGUUUUUCUUUCCUCUUAACUACUGGGCUAUUUGACAUGGAUAUUUUAAACUCAAGUUUAUGGAGCCCUUUUUUUUUAUGUCUGUCUGGAAUAUUCACCUGCCUUGAAGUGGAAUCAAAAAUCCUACUCGGAUACCAGUCCUUGGCGAUCAGUGUCCCUCACGACGCCAGCUUUCUCCAUCCAUGAAAGCAAAGAAUGUCGUAAGAACUAUUAGGGCUAGACAGUUUUUAAUACGGUUUUGUUGCCGGAAACAUCCAGAAGUAAGUAAACAUUCACAAAGCAGCUCCUUUCCUAAUACUUGACAGUUUAAAAGCAGUAUCUACAUAUCAGCUUUAGUGCUUCUGAAAUUCUCUGCAAAUGACACUGAACUUCCUUCGUAAAGUCUUAAUGGUCUCCUUCCCUGUUUGUUUAGUGGUUUUUGUCCACAAAAAUUUUAAGAAAAAAUCCUUUUGUGGCCUUUUACGUCUUGCAUGUUACAUCUGAAGUCAAGAGCAAGGACAGCUCUGCUUUUAGGACUGAAGAAAAGGAGAACUCCAGUGAUCUCAACUCCAGCCGUUUUGCUGCAGUGCUUAUUUAUAUAAGUGAUUUUAAUUCUUGGGAGCUGCUGGCCUUAUGGCUGCUGUCGAGAAAGAUCCUGAUUGGAUAAGCGCAGGAGACCAUUCUGAGCUGUUCCUCUGGAUCCUUUUGGAUCCAGAAGAAUGUUAAGUUUAUGUGCAACUAAUAGGGAAUUUGCAGGCACGGCUGCGUCUAAGUGGAGUCACCUUGCCUCUUGUUUUUGACUGGAGGUAUUGAAAGAAAAGGCUCUUGCGGAUGGCCUGAUUUUCAUUGGUGCAUUUGGUUCUUGAAAAGCUUUUGGUGUCCUGUGUUCUUUUUCCAAUCAGAUGGAUGGGUUGAUGUGUGUCUUUUAUAAAUGAGAAUGUAUGCAGUGGAUAUAAGCUUUUCUCGUAGGCCGACCAGACGGGGCACUGGGAAUCGGAAGCGUUUGCUCCUAACCUAAUGUAAAGUUUCAAGAUUGUGGGUUAGGCGUUUGUAUCUGCCCAUUUUUUGAGUGCCUGGAUUGGACAGUAGUUGAUGGUCUUGCUUGUGCAUUGCGUUGAAAUUGGCCAAUCGCUCAAACAUUGACUUUUAGUUUUGAUCAAUGUGGACACAGUUCAUGAGGAGUUUCCUUCCACAUGACGUUGGUUGGAAUGAAAUUCCCUAUGAACUGCAUCCUAAUUAUCUCACACUUUUGUUCUUUACACAAAAGAAAUUGGCAUUAUGUAACCUCUCUGAUUGUUAACUUUAUUGCUUUCUUUAGCCAGCUUGAUUUCAGUUAUACCCAUAAGGAUGGCUUGUCUUUGACUUGACCAGUGGUGGGUUUUUUAGUAUUGCAUUUGGGAUUUGGGUUAUUUUUUUAAAUACACAACACACACACACACACACACACAAUACUUGUAUGCUUACACAGAGAAGACAGCUGAAUUUUUAAGGAAGAAACGGCACUUUUUUUUUUGCGUUAACCCAGCCCUUUUUAAAGCUUUCCUUGUGACCUGUAAAUGCUAAAUAAUGAAAAUGUUUGCAAGCACUACAGCAAUGAGUUAUCAUGAGUUGCCAAAAUGUGACAACUGGCUUUUGAGCUUGUGCAUUUGGCAGCAGAUGAUGUUGCUGUUUCUUUUAAUAAUAGUUAAGCCAUAUCAUCUUAAAAAGUUUUUUGUCUUGUUUUAAAAUGUGAAUUCGUUUUUCAGAUAAUAUGCAUAUAUAGCGUAUGUAUAAAGCAAGAAUGCCUGUCCUUAACUGAUUUAUUUUUUUGUACCAUAUUGUAAAUUAUAUUAUUUAUUCUUUAUCGAUUUUUGGAAAAAGGAAAAAGGUGUUUGGGUUAUUUAAUAUAAUAUACAAAAGUUAAUUUCCUCUGUUUUCAAUUUCCAAUUCAAGUUGUAAAGUUGUUUUUAUGAUUGUCCAUAAACACUUACUAAUCCUUGGUCUAA